UCCGCGGAGCUUGGGAACCGUCCGCUGUGGGAACUUAUAUUACCAGGGCCCUGUUUCCGCGGCUCAGCCGGCGCUCGACCCAACGGAAGUGGCGGAGCCCGAACUCCGCCGCUCCGCUGGAGUUGAAUCACCCUGGUGAUGGGAGGGGCGCGGAGCAACGCCUUUUCCGCCGGAAGCGGAUUUCAGAGCCUCCACGUGCUGUCCCUCCCCCCUUCCCGGUCUCGCAGCCGCGGCUCCGCUGCUGCCAUGGAGCCCGCCGGCCUGGAACAGAUCCUGCGGGAGCUGCUGCUGCCGGACACCGAGCGCAUCCGUCGGGCCACCGAACAGCUCCAGACCGCUCUUCGGGACCCCGCCUCCCUGUCCACGCUCUGCGACCUGCUGGCCUCAGCGGGUGACCCUCAGAUCCGCCAGUUCGCGGCCGUACUGACCCGCAGACGACUGAGCACCCGCUGGCGUCGGCUGGCGGCUGAGCAACGGGAGAGCAUCAAGUCCUUGGUCCUGACGGUCCUCCAGAGAGAGACAGAGCAUUCUGUGAGUCUUAGCCUGGCCCAGCUCUCAGCUGCCAUUUUUCGAAAAGAAGGCCUGGAGGCCUGGCCUCAGCUCCUGCAGCUUCUUCAACAUAGUACACACAGCGCCCACAUCCGGGAGAGAGAGAUGGGGCUUUUGCUUCUAAGUGUGGUGGUGACCUCCCGACCUGAGGCCUUCCGACCCCACCACCGGGAGCUUCUCCGACUUCUGAAUGAGACCCUUGGUGAGGUGGGCUCUCCUGGGCUCCUCUUCUAUUCCCUGCGCACUCUGACCACCAUGGCCCCUUACCUCGGCAUUGAUGAUGUGCCUCUUGCGCGGAUGUUGGUGCCCAAGCUCAUCGUGGCUGUGCAAACUCUGAUCCCUAUAGAUGAAGCAAAAGCCUGUGAGGCCAUGGAGGCCCUGGAUGAAUUGCUGGAGUCAGAGGUGCCCAUCAUCAGCUCGCACCUCACAGAGGUCCUCACGUUCUGCCUGGAGGUGGCUAGAAACGUAGCCCUGGGCGAUGCAAUACGUGUGCGUAUUCUUUGCUGCCUCACUUUCUUGGUCAAAGUCAAGAGCAAGGCCUUGCUGAAGAAUCGCUUCCUGCCACCCUUGCUGCACACCCUUUUUCCCAUCAUGGCUGCCGAGCCCCCCAUGGGCCAGCUGGAUCCUGAGGACCAGGAUGUGGAGGAGGAAGAGCUGGAUCCUGGGCUGGUGGGGGAGACCCCCAAGCACUUUGCUGUUCAGGUCGUGGACAUGCUGGCACUCCAUUUGCCUCCUGAGAAGCUCUGUCCCCUGCUGAUGCCCAUGCUGGAAGAGGCCUUGCGGAGCCAGAGCCCAUACCAGCGUAAGGCUGGGCUCCUGGUACUGGCGGUGCUCUCCGACGGAGCCGGCGACCAUAUCAGGCAGAGACUGCUGCCCCCACUGCUGCAGAUCGUCUGCAAGAGUCUGGAGGACCCAUCGCAGGUUGUGCGCAAUGCCGCGCUCUUUGCUCUGGGCCAGUUCUCAGAGAAUUUACAGCCCCACAUCAGCAGCUAUUCUGGGGAGGUGAUGCCACUGCUGCUCGCCUAUCUAAAGUCAGUGCCUCCUGGGCACACACAUCACCUGGCCAAGGCCUGCUAUGCCCUGGAGAACUUCGUGGAGAACCUAGGGCCUAAAGUGCAGCCCUACCUUCCGGAGCUUAUGGAGUGUAUGUUGCAGCCUCUGAGGACCCCCAGCAGCUCCCGGUCCAAGGAGUUGGCUGUGAGCGCCCUGGGAGCCAUUGCCACGGCUGCCCAGGCCUCCAUGCUGCCCUACUUCCCCACCAUCGUGGAGCAUCUGCGGGAGUUCCUGUUGACGAACCACGAGGACCUGCAGCCUGUUCGGAUCCAGAGCCUGGAGACGCUUGGGGUGCUGGUACGAGCAGUAGGGGAGCCCAUGAGGCCCCUGGCUGAGGAAUGCUGCCAGCUGGGGCUGGGCCUGUGCGACCAGGUAGACGACCCUGACUUGCGGCGCUGCACGUACAGCCUAUUUGCAGCCUUAUCAGGGCUAAUGGGUGAGAGCCUGGCUCCCCACCUGCCACAGAUCACCACACUCAUGCUGCUGUCACUGCGUUCCACCGAGGGCAUUGUGCCUCAGUACGAUGGAAGCUGCACAUUCCUCCUUUUUGACGAUGAAAGCAGUGGUGAGGAAGAGGAGCUCAUGGAGGAGGAUGACGAAGAAGAGGAUGACUCAGAGAUCUCAGGAUACAGUGUGGGAAACGCCUUCUUCGAUGAGAAGGAAGACACCUGUGCUGCCCUGGGGGAGAUCUCCGUGAAUACCAGUGUUGCCUUCCUUCCUUAUAUGGAGACUGUCUUUGAAGAAGUGUUCAAACUGCUGGAGUGCCCUCACCUGAACGUGCGGAAGGCGGCCCACGAGGCCCUGGGUCAGUUCUGCUGCGCACUGCACAAAGCUUGUCAAAGCUGCCCCUCGGAAUCCAACACUGCUGCCCUGCAGGCCGCGCUGGCCCGGGUGGUGCCGUCCUACCUGCAGGCGGUGCACGGGGAGCGAGAGCGCCAGGUGGUGAUGGCCGUGCUGGAGGCCCUGACGGUGAUGUUGCGCAGCUGUGGCGGUCUGGCACUGCAGCCCCCUGGGCGGCUUGCUGAGCUUUGCCAGGCGCUCAAAGCUGUGCUGCAAAGGAAGACAGCCUGUCAGGACACUGAUGAGGAGGAGGAGGAGGAGGAGGAGGACCAGGCUGAAUAUGAUGCCAUGUUGCUGGAGCAUGCUGGUGAGGCCAUCCCUGCCCUGGCAGCUGCGGCCGGGGGAGACGCCUUUGCCCCCUUCUUUGCUGGCUUCCUGCCAUUACUGCUCUGCAAGACGAAGCAGGGCUGCACAGUGGCAGAGAAGUCUUUUGCAGUGGGAACACUGGCGGAGUCCAUUCAAGGCCUGGGUGCUGCGUCGGCCCAGUUUGUGUCCCGGCUAUUCCCCGUGCUGUUGAGUGCCUCCCGGGAGGCAGACCCCGAGGUACGAAGUAAUGCUAUCUUUGGACUGGGCGUGCUGGCAGAGCACGGGGGUCGCCCUGCCCAGGAACACUUCCCCAAACUGCUGGGGCUCCUGCUGCCCCUCCUGGCACGAGAACGCCAUGAUCGUGUCCAUGACAACAUCUGUGGGGCACUUGCCCGCCUGCUGAUGGCCAGCCCCACGAGGAAACCGGAGCCCCAGGUGCUGGCCCCGCUGCUGCACGCCCUGCCACUGAAGGAAGACCUGGAGGAGUGGGUCACCAUGGGGCAUCUCUUCAGCUUCCUGUACCAGAGCAGCCCUGACCAGGUUGUAGACGUGGCUCCAGAGCUCCUUCGUAUUUACAGCCUCAUCCUGGCCGAGAACAAGAUCCCAUCAGACACCAAGGCGGCGCUGCUGCUUCUCCUCAAGUUCUUGGCCAAACAGCACACCGACAGCUUCCAUUCAGCACUGGGCUCCCUGCCUGGUGACAAGGCUCAGGAGCUCCAGGCCGUCCUGGGCCUCACCUAGACUGUGGGCUGCAGCUGGGCUGGAGAGAACAGAGCCCGCCCAGGCCCAAGACCAGCUCUCAGCCCAGUUCCAGCUUAAGCCUUACCAAAGAUUCUGGGCCUGGGCCUCAUAGCCACUUGGAGUCCCAGCCCUACUUGCUGCCUUACGGGGAUGUCCCCUAGGGCUGGAGCUGUGGGACAAUACAGAGUUGUGACACCAUUCUCUAAUAAAGACAGUUUAUUUUCUGCUUGAA